AACAAAAACCAACCAAAAUAAGCUCAAAAUCGGCAAAGAAAAACUCAUGUGAAAUGAAGGUGUAACCAAAAUUGCAGUAAUUUGAAGUUGCAACAUUCUCUGUGGCACAACGAACGACAAUGAGUGGCAACAAUGGCAAUGGCAACAGUGCACCCAGCAAUGAACAGCAGCAGCAGCAGCAGCAGCAGACAGUCCCGACUGGUCCAGCAGCAGCAACAUCAGCGGCAUCGGCGCCUGAGGCAGUGGCAGGCGGUGGCAGUUCGACGAGACCUGCCACGGCGCCGGCACGCACCACCGAUCCGAGCAACAACAACAACAACAAUAAUAAUAAUAAUAACAACAACAGCACCACCAGCAGCAGCAGCAUCGGCUAUAGGGUGGAUCUGAGCCACAUAAACAACAACAGCAGCAACACCAGCAGCAAUCGCCAGGCCAGCAACAACAAUCACAAUGAGAACAACACGGGGCUGGUGGUCAACACUGGUGUCACAACAGCAACAGCAGCAACAACAGCAACAACAGCAGCAGCAGCAGCACCUGCUGCAACUGCAACGGGAAAUGUAACUGCAACUGCCACUGCCACAAGCAGCAACAACAACAAUCACAUCUAUGUGAAUCCCCACAGCUACGACAGCAGCACCACGGGCAGCGUGAGUGGAUCCACGGCGGUGAUGCUGCCACUGCCACUGCCACUGCCCCUGCCCCUGCCACUAAGCAAUCCAUUGACAUUGCAACUGCCACAGCCCCAAGGAGGCGGUGGAGGAGACACCCAUCUGCAGCAGCAGCAGCAGCUAAUCAACACGGGAGCCAUCAGUCGGACGGGCACCUCCACCUCGACAACGCUAAGCACCCUGAACACAUAUCUGUUCCCUUGCGGCGCCUCGGACUCGGCGGGCACACUGGGCGUGGGCAGCUGCGAUCUGGACAGCAAUUUCAGCCAGAUGGUGAAUGGAGCCGGCAGCAGCGAGGCGGGCAGCAGCCUCAGCCAGAGCACGGCACCCGCCGGCCUGGGCAUGGGUUUGGGCGUGCAGCUGGGCCUGGGCUUCAUCAGUGGCAGGCGGCGCAUCCGACGGCUGUUCGGUGUGGCAGAACCUGCCAGCCUGGGGAUAAACGGUGGCGGUGGCGGUGGAGCCGGAGCCAAUCCGUAUGCGGCGGCAACGUUGCGGCGGCGCAGCUCACAGCUGGGGCAGUUCGGCAAGCGGCGGGAACGUGAGCGGGAGCGAGAGCUGGAGGAGAUCGAGCAGCAGCAGCGCAUUGCCACGGUGGCCUCUGCCAAUGCGGCAUUUCUCGAGCGACGCGAGAUGCAGCUCCAGCAGCAGCAGCAGCAGCAGCAACAGCAACAGCAGCAACAGCAGCAGCCACAGAUCCAGUUCAUGUUUAACCCGCUGCAGAUGGAGCCGCAAAAGAAGAAAAAGAAAAAGCCACCGGGUCCGCCGGCCCAGGCCCGGCAGCAGUCAUCGCGCACCAUGGACGAUCCGAUGAUGAACCGGCCGCGCAAGAGCACGCCCGCCAAGAAGGGCAAGAAGGCCGCCCCGGAGAAUCCCUAUGAGAAGUCUUUGCCCAAAUUGAGCAGUCAAGACGAAGAAGGGGGGGCUGGUCAUGGCUUUGGUGGCGGACCGCAACACUUUGAACCCAUUCCUCACGAUCAUGAUUUCUGCGAGAGAGUCGUUAUAAAUGUAAGCGGGCUGAGGUUUGAGACACAACUACGUACGCUUAACCAAUUCCCGGACACGCUGCUCGGGGAUCCGGCUCGGAGAUUACGGUACUUUGACCCGCUUAGAAAUGAAUAUUUUUUUGACCGUAGUCGACCGAGCUUCGAUGCGAUUUUAUACUAUUAUCAGAGUGGUGGCCGACUACGGAGACCGGUCAAUGUCCCUUUAGACGUAUUUAGUGAAGAAAUAAAAUUUUAUGAAUUAGGUGAUCAAGCAAUUAAUAAAUUCAGAGAGGAUGAAGGCUUUAUUAAAGAGGAAGAAAGACCAUUACCGGAUAAUGAGAAACAAAGAAAAGUCUGGCUGCUCUUCGAGUAUCCAGAGAGUUCACAAGCCGCCAGAGUUGUAGCCAUAAUUAGUGUAUUUGUUAUAUUGCUAUCAAUUGUUAUAUUUUGUCUAGAAACAUUACCCGAAUUUAAGCAUUACAAGGUGUUCAAUACAACAACAAAUGGCACAAAGAUCGAGGAAGACGAGGUGCCUGACAUCACAGAUCCUUUCUUCCUUAUAGAAACGUUAUGUAUUAUUUGGUUUACAUUUGAACUAACUGUCAGGUUCCUCGCAUGUCCGAACAAAUUAAAUUUCUGCAGGGAUGUCAUGAAUGUUAUCGACAUAAUCGCCAUCAUUCCGUACUUUAUAACACUAGCGACUGUCGUUGCCGAAGAGGAGGAUACGUUAAAUCUUCCAAAAGCGCCAGUCAGUCCACAGGUAUGAGAUUCUGUUUGCCCAAUACUCUUAUCUUCACGCACACCCACAAACACACAGAUACACACAUGCAUAUAUCACA